AUGCUUCCUCUCCUCUAUGUGGGAGUGCUGCUAUCCUCAGUUGCCUCUCCAGCCUGUAUAAAUCCUCCCUGCAAAGAGAAUCUAGUGGCCUCACCCAUCCAGCCUGGGACUGGAGCUGGAGCAGGUACCGGGGCUUGUGAGGGUCAAACUGGGACAACUGCCUGCAGGACAGGGGUUUCACUUGCAGCAAUCUCGGACGUCCCUCGGAAAGUGGAGCACAAACAUGAAUUACCCCAGUUUCAGUACAAGACUGGAGGUGUCAGAGAGCGCCUGGUUCAGCUGCAGCGCUGCAUGCGCUCUGUCCAGGAUACUGGGGGGCCUUGGAGUCACGAGGGCCAGGAGAGCAAUUCUCUUGGGGCCAUCCUGGCUUUAAUGGCAGCUGUGCUGACAGAGUGUGACCUCCACUGUCACAGCCAGGCCCUUGGGGCAAUGGCUAAACGACUGGAGAGCGCAGCGGUGGGGAGAGAGGGGGAGAAAGACUUGCUGCUUUUCCUCAAGAGCAUCACUCAACAUCCACCCACAGUUGCCCCCUUGGAGAGGCUACAUCCUCGGGACUGUGCAGAGAUUUACACGCUGGGGAUCAAAGAGAAUGGAAUCUACACCAUCCAGCCUGACCUGAAUGGGCUGGCAUUAGAGGCUAAAUGUGACAUGGAGACUGCGGGUGGCGGGUGGACAGUCAUCCAGAAUCGGCAAGAUGGCUCAGUGGACUUCAACAGAACAUGGCAGGAAUACCGGGAGGGCUUUGGAAAUCUGCAAGGAGAACACUGGCUGGGUAACGCAGCGUUGCAUGCCCUUACCUCCAGUGGCCAACACCAAUUCCGCAUUGAGCUGGAGGACUGGCACCAGCAGAGGCGCCAAGCCACCUACAGCAACUUCAAAGUGGCCUCGGAGGCACAGAGGUAUCGCCUGACAGCACGGGAGUAUUCUGGUGAUGCAGGUAAUGCACUGAGCUACAGUAAGCGCUACAACCACGACGGCAGGUCCUUCAGCACUGCUGACCGAGACUAUGACCGUUACGUGUCGGGAAGUUGUGGUCAGUACUAUGGUGCAGGCUGGUGGUUUGAUGCUUGUCUGGCAGCUAAUCUGAAUGGACGGUACUACCGCGGGCGCUACAGCGGGGUGACCAACGGCAUCUACUGGGGAACGUGGUACAUCCUGACAGAUGGACGAACUGGAGAGCGCUACUCCUUCAAGAGGGUGGAGAUGAAGACAAGACCCAAAAACUUUAUGGGAACAGACUAA